UGCUGAACUAAGGACUUUCUCUGACUGGAAGUCUUAAAUCCGCCAGCAUCUCGGAAGCAGCGGUUGUGCUUUUGGCUCGGACCUGCCAAAGCCUCAUAAACCCCCCCUGCCUCUCCCUGCGUGCUCUAAUUGACACAAGGUAGUCGGUGUAAGAGCAUCCGUCCCUCUGCCCGGCUGCUGGCCAGGCUCUACACCCUGCUGCAGGCUCUGCUGCAGCGCGGCGCGGCGCACCGGAGCGGAGCCGCGGCGGACGGAUCGGCUGCCUCCUGACAAGCGGAGUUGGGCUCUUCAGCAUCCUGGCGCUUCAGCAUGUCUCCGAGGAGUCAAAUACUCGCUGGGAUUAUCGCGUUUGUCGCCUCAGCGCUGCUUGGAUCACGCGGGACACAUGGAGAAGAAGUUUGUGACAACCCUCUGGUGUCCAAUCUGCCGCCGUCGUCCUUCAGGAGCUCCUCUCAGCUGUCAGCCAGUCACGGACCGGGCUUCGCCAAAGUCAACAGAAGAGAAGGAGCUGGAGGCUGGUCUCCUCUCUGGUCAGAUAAGUACCAGUGGUUGGAGGUGGAUCUGCAGAGACGAACCCAGAUCACCGCCGUGGCCACGCAGGGCCGCUACGGCAGCUCUGAUUGGCUGAUGUCCUACCUGCUGAUGUUCAGCGACACGGGACACAACUGGAGGCAACACCGGCAGGAAGACAGCUUGGGGGCGUUUCCAGGUAACAGCAACGCAGACUCUGUGGUCCAGUACAAACUUGAUCAGCCAGUGAUCGCCCGCUACCUUCGCCUGAUCCCACUGGACUGGAACCCCACCGGGCGGAUCGGACUCCGCCUGGAAAUAUACGGCUGCAGAUACACCUCUGAGGUGGCACAUUUUGAUGGGAGAAGCAACCUUGUCUACAGACUGAGUGCCAGAACGAGCUGGACAGCGAGGGAGAGCAUCUCUCUGAAGUUUAAAACCUUGAAGAACUCAGGAACGCUGCUUCAUGCAAAUGGACAGAGGGAUCACAGCCUCAACCUGGCGCUGGAGAGAGGAAAGCUGCUGCUCCACCACCAGCAAGAUGUGAGUUCAGGUUCUGGGGGCAAACUUCUGGUUUCUCUUGGGAGUCUGCUGGACGACCAACACUGGCAUCACGUGAAGCUGGAGCGGCUCGGCUCUCACCUCAACCUGACGGUGGAUAAAAACAUGCAGCAGGUUCAAGUCCCAGCCGAGCUCAGCCACUGGCACAUUCACACGCUUAGUGUGGCAGCUGUCCAGAGCCACGGACUCCAAACUCCAAUCCUGCCCAACAGGAACUUCCAUGGAUGCCUGGAAAACCUUUUAUACAACGACCUUAAUUUGAUCAAACUGGCCAAACAGAACAGCCCACAGGUCGCUGCACUGGGCAACAUGACCUUUUCUUGCAGCGAGCCGGUUUUUGUCGCCGUGACGUUCACUGACUCUCACAGCUUCCUCCAGCUGCCUGUGCUGACAUCAUGGCUGUCAGGGGUCGUUUCCAUAGCGCUACAGUUCAGGACGUGGAACAAGGCAGGGCUGCUGCUGACCUUUGACCUCCAGCAGCAGGAAGGCUCAGUCUUCGUGUAUGUCAGUGAAGCCAGGCUUCGCCUUCAGAUCAGUAAAGAGGGAAAUAUUCUCCUGGAGCUCAGCACCGGUGCGGGUCUGAAUGACGGCCAGUGGCAUUCUGUGGAGCUGAACUCGAUGGAAAACCGUCUGAGCAUCACGGUGGACAGAGACGAAGGGGCCACGGCUCACACCAGCAUCCCUCUUCUUCCCACGGCAGACAGUCAGCUCUUCUUUGGCGGCUGUCCUGCUCAGAGAGGCGGGCUGAGCUGCAGAAACCCGAUUCAGGGGUUUCAGGGAUGCAUGCGUCUCUUGAAGUUGGACGGCCAAACGGUCGAUUUGAUAAAAGUGCAGGAAAGACGGCUGGGAAACUACGGCGACCUGAAGAUUGAUAUGUGUGGCAUCAUUGACAGGUGCUUGCCGAGUCACUGCGAACACGGAGGAAGAUGCUCUCAGUCCUGGAGUAACUUCCACUGCAACUGCUCCGACAGCGGCUACGGAGGAGCCACCUGCCACAGCUCAAAAUACGAACAGUCGUGUGAGGUCUACAAACACAAAGGCGACUCAUCAGGUCACUUUCACAUCGACGUGGACGGCAGCGGACCAAUCAAACCCCAGCUCGUUUACUGCAACAUGACAGAGGACCAGACGUGGAUUAUAAUCCAGCAUAAUAACACAGAGCUGACUCCAGUCCAGACCUCCGCUGACACUAACCAACACUUCGUCAGCUUCCUGUAUCCGUCUGAAGAGAAGCAGCUUUCCGCCAUCAUCAGCCAAUCAGAGCACUGCGAGCAGGAGCUUUCCUAUCACUGCAGGAAGUCCCGCCUCUCCAACAGCCUGGAUGGGACUCCUUUCAGCUGGUGGGUCGGCGGCCCGGCUUCGGGUCAGAUCCAGAACUUUUGGGGCAGAGCUUUGCCCGGCAGCCAGCAGUGCGCAUGUGGUCUGCAGGACAACUGCCUCGACUCGAGCUUCUACUGCAACUGUGAUGCUGACUAUGACCUAUGGACUGAGGACUCUGACCUUCUGACCCAUAAGGAGAGCCUCCCAGUCCGGUCGCUGGUGCUGGGAGACAUCCACCGUCCGGGUUCAGAGGCUGCCUACAGGGUGGGGGCUCUCCGUUGCCAUGGAGACAAAAACUUCUGGAAUGCUGCGUUUUUUGACAAGGAGACGUCGUACCUUCACUUCCCCACCUUUCAUGGAGAGCUGAACGCAGACAUCUCCUAUCUGUUUAAGACCACGUCUUCCUCUGGGCUUUUCCUUGAAAACCUCGGCAUCAAGGACUUCAUUCGAAUAGAGCUCAGGUCUUCCACAGAGGUCGUCUUCUCUUUGGAUGUGGGGAACGGACCUCUGGAGGUCAAAGUGCGCUCCGACCUCCCGCUAAAUGACAACCGGUGGCACAGCGUGAGAGCUGAGCGAAACGUGAAGGAGGCUUUGCUGCGCGUCGACGACCUGCCUGCUGCCGUACGAGAAGCUCCAGCUGAUGGGUUUAUUCAUCUGCAGCUCAACAGCCAGCUAUUUAUAGGAGGCACCGCGUCACGGCAGAAAGGCUUUCUGGGCUGCAUCCGCUCUCUGCAGCUGAACGGCGUAACACUGGACCUGGAGGAGAGGGCAAGGAUCACACCUGGCGUCCGACCCGGCUGCCCCGGGCACUGCAGCAGCUACGCAGCGCUCUGCCAGAACCAGGGCCGAUGUGUGGAAAGGGCCAGCGGGUUCUCCUGUGACUGCAGCCACUCUGCCUACACUGGAGCCUUCUGUCACAAAGAAGUUUCAGGCAGCUUUGAGCCGACAACAUCCAUCACAUAUAUCGUAAAGGAGCCAUAUGAGGCGAGCAAGAACAGCAGCUCUCUGCACUCAUCCAUCUACUCGGAUAUCACACUGAGAGGAGAAGACGUCUCCCUGAGCUUUAGGACCAGUCAAAGCCCCGCGCCGCUGCUCUAUGUCAGCUCUUUUUACAGGCAAUACUUGAUCCUGCUCAUCAAUAAACAUGACGAGUUGGAAGUGAGGUACAAGUUGCACAGCAACAGAGACGAGGAAGUGUUGAGCAGCCGAGUCAUGAACUUAGCUGAUGGCCGUCUGCACACUGUGACCAUCAGGCGGCAGGCAGACACUGUGGCAAUGCAGAUCGAUCAGAAUGCCAGAGAGGAAUUCAACGUGACGGCUGACCGGGAGUUUAACGUUAAAUCGAUCAUUCUGGGGAGAGUUCCAGAAAUCCUUCCUCUGGGCCCGCGCUCCGGAGACCAGGAAGGAGGUCCAGGUCCUAACCCGGACCCCGCUACCGUCCGUCCAUCCAUUUUCUUCCAGCCUCGUCCUACUGGGGUCAGAAGGGCAAGAAACCCAAUUCAGCAGAACCAGAGAGGGAACCGCCAGACAUGGACGGUUCUGACCCGAGCAGCACGAGCCAAAACCCGAGCUGGGACCACAGCAACACCUGAGGACCAGAUCCUGCUGGUUCUGGUCCAGAAAGCAGAUGGACCUCAGUACCAUCAGCAUCUGACUCUCCAGUUCAGUUCUGGACGAAUCUUUGAGCUGCAGCUUGAUGGAGUCUGGAUGAGGGAGAGACUGAUUGAUCAGUGA